GGUAAAUCCUCUGAACUGUCGUUUAAAUUUAGGAAAUCUCCGACUAAAUCUCCAGAAUUCAAGUUCGGGUUCAAACCAAAUCUCGUCAUUGGCCUUAUCCACUAUCCAUUACUGUCCCAUGAUUCCUAUGUAUAAAUCCUCGUGUCUCGUCCGGAGAUCGAUACGACCGCCACUCUCGACAGUCCGAGCAAUUUUGACCUCCCUCUCUCUCCCUCUCUCUGUGCGUAGCAGAAGAAGUUGAGGCGUCUGUUUAUACCGUUCGUCUUCGCAAUGGCGGACUACGAUCUCCCUCGCGACGCUCUCUUCCUCGGGUUCGACAGUUCCACUCAGUCCUUGAAGGCGACCGUGCUGGAUUCAAAUCUGAACAUUGUUGCUACUGAGCUAAUCCACUUUGACUCUGAGUUGCCCCACUACAAAACCAAAGAUGGGGUCUUCAGAGAUCCCUCGGAUGAUGGGCGGAUCGUCUCGCCCACCAUUAUGUGGGUGGAAGCUCUUGAUCUCAUGCUCCAGAAGCUCGCAAAAUCCGGUCUUGAUUUUGGGAAGAUCGCUGCCGUCUCCGGUAGCGGCCAGCAACACGGGAGCGUGUAUUGGAAGAGUGGCAGUUCCGUGAUUCUCUCGUCGCUGGAUGCAACCAAGCCAUUGGUGGAUCAAUUUGGGGAUGCCUUCUCGGUCAAGGAAUCGCCGAUUUGGAUGGAUAGUAGCACGACUGCACAAUGUAGAGAGAUAGAGAAAGCUGUUGGAGGGGCUUUGGAGUUGGCUCGAAUUACUGGAUCGCGUGCACAUGAGAGAUAUACCGGGCCACAGAUAAGGAAGAUUUUCGAGACACAGCCCGAAGUUUAUCGGGAUACAGAGAGGAUAUCCCUUGUGAGCUCCUUCAUGGCAUGUCUUCUUAUUGGGGCGUAUGCUAGUAUAGAUGAGACAGAUGGUGCUGGGAUGAACUUGAUGGAUAUCAAGCAAAGAGCCUGGUCCAAAGUGGCCUUGGAGGCCACGGCACCUGGUUUGGAGGAUAAACUGGGAAAGCUAGCACCUGCGUAUGCUGUUGCGGGUCAUAUUGCUCCUUACUUUGUGCAGAGGUUCAACUUCCACGAAAAUUGCUUGGUAAUUCAGUGGUCAGGAGACAAUCCUAACAGCUUAGCAGGUUUGACACUCAACAAGCCAGGGGAUUUGGCAAUUAGUCUUGGCACCAGUGACACUGUUUUCGGGAUCAGUUCUGAUCCUCAACCGAGGCUUGAAGGGCAUGUCUUCCCUAAUCCUGUGGACAAAGAAAGCUACAUGGUAAUGUUAGUUUACAAGAAUGGCUCUCUAACUCGUGAAGAUAUCAGGAACAGAUAUGCGGGGAAGUCUUGGGAUGCUUUCAAUAAAUUUCUGGAGCAAACGCCGCCUCUAAAUGGUGGAAAGAUCGGUUUCUACUACAAAGAUCAUGAAAUACUUCCUCCUCUCCCAGUUGGUUUCCAUCGGUACAUUCUUGACAAUUUCACUGGCGACACUUUGGAGGGCCUGACAGAGCGUGAAGUGCCGGAAUUUGAUUCUCCUGCUGAGGUCCGAGCAUUAAUUGAGGGCCAGCUUCUCUCAAUGCGAGCUCAUGCAGAAAGAUUCGGGAUGCCAGCUCCACCAAAUCGUUUAAUAGCCACAGGUGGAGCAUCAGCAAACGAAAGGAUCCUUAGCUCUGUAGCCUCCAUCUUUGGCUGUGAUGUUUUUACUGUACAGAGACCUGAUUCGGCUUCUCUGGGAGCUGCACUCCGGGCAGCGCACGGCUGGCUGUGUAACAAGAAGGGCAGUUUCGUGCCGAUAUCAGGCAUGUAUAUGGACAAAUUGGAGAAGACAUCUCUCAACUGCAGGCUCGCUGUUUCUGCUGGCAAUUCAGAACUAGUUUCAAAGUACACAAUCUUGAUGAAAAAGAGAAUGGAAAUCGAGAACGGACUAGUUCAAAAGCUGGGACGAUACUAGAAUUAUACCUCCCCAAAUAAUUACUUUCUUGAACAACAAAGUUAUUUGUGGGCUUUUGCUCCGUAUGUUUUACUAGGUACUUGUGGGUGCAAAAUUACUGGAGAUGAAGCUCCGUGUAAAUAGUGUUUGACAUUCUCUGUGAAUGAAUAAAAUUUGCCUCCCAUUAUUUUUUUUUA